AUGGAUGCUUACAUCAAGAAGCAUACAAGGUCUGUAGUUGUGGUAGUUCCUGAAGUUCAACAAGAUUCUGAAGAGGGUGAAGGUGAUGAAGUUACUGAAGUUGAACUAGAGAAAGUGCCUAGUUCUGGGACAAAGACCAAGCAGAAGCAAGUACAAGAAAAGAAGAAAAUAGCUCAAGCUUCAAUCGCUGCGUAUAUGGCUGCUGCUGGUUCAUCUAAACCAGCAAAUCAAAAGAACACCAAGUCAGUUGUUGCCAUGCUUCGGAAGACACCAGAAGAGAUAGUUUUAGAAAGGCACAAAUUCAAGAUUUCUCAGCCUACUCUAGAGCAUUGCACAAAGAAAGAGAACAAACAAGUUGUUGAUGACCAUGUAGCUGAUUUCUUUUAUGAAAAUCGUAUAUCAUUCAAUGUCAUUAACUCAAGAAGCUGGGAGAUUAUGCUUGAAUCAAUUGGACAGUAUGGACCUGGGUACCGCUCACCAUCCAUGCAUGAAAUUAGGGAGCCAUUGUUAGAAAGGGCUGUCAACAAGACAACAGAACUGAGAAAGAAGCAUGAGGAAGCUUGGAAAGAGUAUGGUUGCACUCUCAUGUCUGAUGGUUGGACAGAUACUAGCCAUCGUCAUCUAAUCAAUUUUCUUGCAAACAGUCCAGUAGAGACCUUCUUCCUAGGUUUAGUGGAUGCAUCAAGUGAGGUAGCUGAUAAGGAUAUGCUAGCAGAUUUGUUGGAGAAGCAAAUUGACAAGAUUAGAAUGGAAUAUGUGGUGCAGGUUGUCACAGACAAUGGGUCCAACUUCAAGGCAGCGGGAAGGAUUUUAAUGGAUAGGAUCCCACACUUGUUUUGGACACCUUGUGCUGCCCAUUGCCUGAAUUUGCUGCUGCAAGACAUUGGAGAGAUUAAAGAGUUUAACACUGUCAUAAAUUCAGCAAAGAAGGUGAGCAGAUUUCUAUACAAGCAUGGGAGGAUACUUAAUCUAAUGAGACAACAAAUAGGUGGGGAUUUUGUGAGGCCAGCUGUGACUCGGUUUGCUACGUCUUAUCUCACUUUGGCAAGUAUGUAUAAAAAUAAGAAUGAUUUGAGAGCUUUAGUUGUCAGCGAGGAAUGGCACAAUAAUCCCCUGUCUUUGUUUAUUGAAGGCAAACGAGUUGAGGAUAUUAUCUUGUCUGUGCCAUUUUGGACUAAAUUGGAAUAUUGCUUGAAAGCUUCACAGCCACUUCUCAUUGCUCUACGGAUUGUAGAUGGAGAUGAGACACCAGCAGCUCCUGAGAUCACUGUAGCUAUAGAUGUUGCAAAAAACACCCUAAAAGAAUCUCUAAAAGAUAAACCCGAUUUACUUGUCGAGAUUUCGCAGCAAGCUGAUGACUAUGAACAAUUCGAAGGCGAAGGCUUCUCAAUGCCUUUAGCUAUAAGGGACAGAGAGAAAAAGAACCCUAGUUGUGAGCGUAGCUGGAGUGAAUUCUCUAGUAUCCACACCAAAAAGAGGAAUAGAUUAGAGCACAAGAGUUUGGCAGCAGCAGCCAACAAGACAAGAAAGGGCUCUUCAGCAGCCAGUUUGCAAUUCUGCCCUUUCUGGUCUGCAGCUACUACUCUCAGAUCCAAGGCAUUCUCCUUCAAAGAACCCUCACUAGCUACUCCUCAGGACCGCUCACAGAAAAGGAUGGAUGUUGACCAGCGCCUGGUGGAUAUGAUGCCCUUGGCUCAGUUCUGCUUCUGUUCUUCCUUAUCUAUUUUUUUCAUUGUGUGA